AUGGCAUCUGUUCUGGCUCCGAUGGCUGACCAGAACUUACAACAAAAACCGAGCCGUGAAGAGAUGCUGGAUAAGAUUGAUCAUCUUCUCGAACGCUACCUAGAGCUUGUAGAUGAAUAUCAGAAAACGCGCAUACAACUUUCGUCCCAUAUGUCCUCAGGUUUCAUUUCUUUAGCGCAGUCAAAUUUUGCCUCAAGGGUUAGGUACGGGCAAGAUCAGUACGAUGAUCGCAUGAAGGCAUGGCGGCGAGCACGAAUAUCUCAAACAGAUUCUGGUCUGACUAAGCUUGAUCUCCUGUCUCUGAAUUUGACUCCCACCACGAACACAUCCGAGUCAGCUGACCAAGCCUCAUCGGACGAGAAGGUCCAUCCAGACAAUGAUCAACAGCCGCGACACACCAAAGACGACGGACAGACUAUCAAUACCGAAAAUGGUCAACAUGGACGAAGCCCCGAGAAGUCUCCCAAUCGGCCUUCGGAUGAAUCCGAGGAGAAGAUAGUUGAUCCAAUCCGAUGGUUUGGUGUUCUUGUCCCUCAGGCGUUGAGAACUUCACAAAGCCAUUUUGUACAAGCCGUCGAUGACCCCAUUCCAAAGCUCUGUAAUAUAUUGCGAGAAAUGCGCAUACUUGAGUCAGAGAUUGGGAGAACGCGGAAGCAAGCGAAGAAACUCUCUUAG